CAGAUCCAUUAGCUAGCCAGCUACCAUGGGCAGAAAUGUGUGCGUCUCUUUUCUGCUCCUUGCGCUUGUGCUCGCUGGCCCGGACACCGCGGCCGCGGCGGUCUACAACGUCGACAAAGCGGUGAUGCCAAGGUUGUCAUCGUCGAUGAGGCUGGAGGAUGGCGUCGCGCCCGAGCUCGCGCUGGUGACGGCGGUGGACGUGCACCGCCGCGUCUACGGCUCCGGCGACAUCACCAAGGAAUCCCUGGACCCCAACAAGCCACGAUGCGUCCGCAACUGCCCGGCGCCGGCAGGUUAUCCGUACACGGGCCGGGGAUGCAACAAGUACUACGAUUGCCGUACGUCAAGGACAAUGGCAGUUAGCAAGUGAACGAAACGGCGAUAUCGCCAAGGAAUCCGUGUUCUAUUUCGAAUUUCACUUUGCAUGCAUUCCUGUACCCUGUUUUUUAACAUGUUCCCGUAUCGUUCUUGCUGUCGCCAUAUGUUUCGAAAUAACUAUUCUUAGCAUGUCUUGAAAUUAAUAACUUGGCGCUACGUCUUGUUGGUACGAUUGUGAAGUGGCAUGAUUGCACCAUCCGGCUGCUGAUCGAA